AUGGGCGACGCCGGCAGCUCAGUCACCACUCAACCCUGGAGCACGUCCCACGAGCACGAGGAGCUACUGAAUACUAUUGACAAGCUCAGAGAGCAAGGCAUCAGUCGCUAUGUGGAUAUACCACAGAUAGUCGUCUGCGGCGACCAGAGCUCCGGGAAGAGUUCGACGCUAGAGGCUAUAUGCGGAUUGCGAUUCGAAAUUGGCGAUGGUAUGUAUGCCUCAUGUUCGCUGUCCUGGACUAAUAGAUGUACCGGCUUGUGCACCCGUUACGCGACUGAAUACGCCCUGCGAAGAACUCUCCACUCCUCGAUCUCCAUCAGCAUCAUUCCCGACCAAGAUCGGCCAGACUCCGAGCGUGAUUCCCUUUCAGUCUGGCAACCUUCUACGACCAGCCCCGAUGACUUCGGUCAGAUCAUGAAGGAGGCCGCCACUGCCAUGGGCAUCGGACCACUGAAGACGUUCUCUCAUGAUAGGCUGCGCAUUGAGGUGUGCGGUCCACAGCAACCACACCUGACCCUUGUCGAUGUUCCUGGUCUCUUCCACGCCCGUGGCAAAGGCCAGUCGGACAAUGAUAAGCAAGUCGUCACAUCACUUGUCGAAAGCUAUAUCGAAAACCCCCGUAGCAUCAUCAUGGCUGUCAUCUCAGCUAAGAACGACAAGGAGAACCAGAUUGUCAUAACGUUUGCCGAGAAACAUGAUCCCAAGGGUGAUAGAACCAUUGGAGUGAUCACCAAGCCCGACACCCUACCACUCAAUUCUCCUUCUGAGCAACAGUACUUCACACUGGCCCAGAACGCCGAUCCCUCGACAAAGUUCAGCCUGGGCUGGGCCGUCGUACGCAACCGCAGCUUCGAAGAGCAAGCGUCAUCACAAGCCGAACGCGACGAGACGGAGAAGCAAUUCUUUGCCAGCGGCAUCUGGAAAAGUCUCAGCACCGAGACCAAGGGUGUUGUUGCAUUGCGGAAGCGACUCGGCAAGAUCUUGCAGAGCCAUAUUCUCACUGAGAUGCCAAAUAUGCUCAAAGACAUCGAUGCUGGCAUUGCAGAGUGCGAGCAGAAGUUGGCCACCCUCGGUCCGUACCGCGGCAGCUCAGAUGAGCAACGCAUGUACCUGCUUCAAGCCAGCACGAAGUUUGGAACUCUCAUGGCCUCAUCGAACAACGGCAUCUAUACUGAUCCGUUCUUCGGGAGUGGCAUAGAGGACUCUGACUUCGAGAAGCGUGUGUGUGCGCGAUCCAUGAUAAUUCUCGACGAGUUCAGAGAAAACAUCAAUAAGCACGGCCACGCUAUAGAAGUCGUCAAGAAGAUGCCCAAGAACUACAGAGCACUGCCGGGUCGACCCCAGAAGAUGUUACAAGACGACUUCUACAAGCAUGUCGAGUUGCUUAUGGACCAAAAUCGUGGACGGGAGCUACCAGGUCUCUUCAGCCCUUCCAUUAUCAAGCCUCUCUUUCUGGAGCAAUGCAAACCAUGGAAAGACAUCGUCGCGUAUACGCUUAACGAAGUGUUUGACAUGUCUCGCAAGGCGGUCCGAUUAACAUUGCAGGCGGUGGCGGACGAUGCAACAGUCGAAGGCAUCUUGACUGAGAUCGUGAACCCUUCGAUUGACGCUCUGGAGUCCGCGGUAAGUCUGAAGGCUGAGCAAGAUCUUGUACCCUUCGAGAAACAUCCGAGUACAUUCAACCACUACUUCACCGACAACCUUCAGAAAAACCGCGAGGAUCAACUCAUGAAGGACAUCAGCAGCUCUCUCCACGGCUUCCUUGGCGUCGAUCCCGAGGCUGAGAGCACAGCAGCUCGAUUAUAUACGGGCUCCUUCGAUGUUCGCAAACUUGCCGAGGCCUUGAAGCAACAUACUCAGAAGGAUAUGAAGCGAUUCGCUGCCAUUGAAGCAUCGAACGCCAUGUUUGCUUACUACAAGGUUGCACUGAAGCGUAUCACCGACACUUUCGCCAUCGACACCAUCAACGAGCUGCUCAUCGAUAAGCUGGCCAGUCUCUUCACACCCGAGUUGGUCUACAAACUUGACAGCGCUGCGUUGGCCAAAGUGGCAGGAGAGUCCGAGGAGUCUGCAGAGGAGCGGCGGGCUCUCGACAAGAAGCUCACGGCUUUGCGUGAGGCACAGAAGCUCUGUUACCGCAUGCAUCGCCAUAAUCCGCAGGGAAGAUCGGCUCUUCAGAAUCCCGAUAAGGAAAGCACGACAUCUGACGAAGAGUCUGAGCCCGAAGUCCAGCCUGAGCCUGAGAACCUUGUUGAGCCCGAAAUAGAUCAGGACUUCGCCUGGGGACUCGGGUUGGCCCCGAAGGGCAAAAAGCAGAAAGAGAAGACGUCCUUUGGCCGAUUCUGA